GAGCAGCUAAAACUAGAAGGUGUGACCAAGCACUAUGGAUCGGUUCUUGCCGUUGAUGACCUCUACCUCAGUGUAGAAGCGGGUGAGUUCAUUACUCUGCUGGGGCCGAGUGGUUGCGGCAAGACGACGACGCUCAGGAUGAUCGGCGGUCUGGAAGAGCCUACUUUCGGGCGCAUUUACAUCCAGGGGCAGGACGCGACCAACGUGCCUCCCUAUUCGAGACCGACGAACAUGGUUUUCCAAAGCUAUGCCUUGUUUCCUCAUCUCACUGUCUACGACAACAUUGUUUACGGUCUCAAAAACAAGAAGGUGGCCAAGAACGUACAGCGAGAGAGAGCGGAGAACCUGCUGAGUCUCAUUGGCCUUGAAGGUCUGGAGGAACGCAGGCCAAACGAGCUGAGCGGAGGCCAGCAACAACGUGUAGCGGUAGCCAGGGCGUUGGUCAACGAGCCGGCUGUGCUCCUCUUGGACGAGCCUUUAGGCGCACUCGAUGCCAAGCUCCGCAUAGCCAUGCGCUUCGAGCUCAAGCGGAUACAACGAGAGUCCGGGGUCUCCUUCAUUUAUGUGACACACGACCAGGAAGAGGCAAUCAGUCUCUCGGAUCGCAUCGUGCUCAUGGACUUGGGAAAGGUCCAACAGGAAGGGGCGCCCCGAGAGAUAUUCGAGGAUCCAAAAAAUGAGUUUGUGGCGGAUUUCGUGGGUGUAGGGAACUUCCUGCAUGGCGAGUGCAUAGAUAAGUCAAACGGGACCUUGGCUGUGCGAUGCGGGAAUGGCGUGGUAGUGCGGGUCCCGUCGAAGGACGGAUUUCAGGUCGGUGAUGGAGCGACGUUAUGGGUGCGGGCUUCGGACGUCAGGUUGGGAAGCAGACUCGACGCUGACGACGGACAGGUAUGGCAGGGAAAGAUCGGCCAGCUUCUGUACUACGGUGAUUACGUUGAUCUCGUUGUCACAGUAGAUGGGGACCAGCAGUUCCGAGCUGUAAUCUCAUCUGCCCAGUUUUACAGGGAGCAGAUUGAGAUAGGUAGUAGCGUGACCGUGGGAUGGAGGGCUGAAGACGUACGUCUGUUCAAUCGCUGA